AUGAAGAAACGUGUACUGAAUCAAAAUAUUUCUCCACAUCAUCAGGUUAUGGCAAACUUGAAUUUUCAGCAAGCACCUAGAAGCCUGGCUAGUGGUGGAGUAGGUGGAGUCAGUGUGGGAGGCAGAGUGACAUCAGGACUGGUCGGCGGUGUAUCUGGCCAUGUGACGCCUACGUUUGGCGGGGCGCUGUCGCCCGGCCGGAACUCCACAGCGAUACCGGGAGGCGCACCCCCAACCAUGGCAUCAAGAUCAACACUUUUCGGUCAGCGAGCCUUUGCGGAUCGGAGAGUACCAAUACCAACACCUUUAUCGCAGGCUAACUCUAAUUCUAUGACAAGUAUGGCGAAUCUGUCAAGGUUUAAUGCAAGCAGUAACUACCAUUCUGUGUUCGGCGAGGGAGGUGACACGUCAACGCCGCCCUUACUAGACCUUAGUGAAUUCCCUUCGCUAACAGCAAGAGGUGCCGGCGACCAGGCACCGACCACGGCGCCCCCUCCACCUGGCUCUAAACCUUACGUGGGUAUGGUGAAGCAGCCAACAUCUGAGCAAUCAGAGUUCACUAUGUCAUCAGAGGACUUCCCAGCGCUACCGGGCACGAGUACAGGCGGCGCGGCGGUGGCGAACGCCACGCAACACGUGGCCCCGCACGUGACGCAACCCGCCCACCCCACGCACGUCCCCCAGCCGCUAGAAUACACCAAUCACACCGACGCCAAGCCGAGGAAAGGGAUACAGACUUCCCCCGAUGGCAAAGUGACGAAUAUACCGGAGACGAUGAUACCGAACCAGUUCGGUAUCGUGGGACUGUUGACGUUUAUCCGUGCAGCGGAGUCCGACCCCAGUCUGGUAUCGUUAGCAUUAGGCCAGGACUUAACUGCCCUCGGUUUAAAUCUAAACUCACCUGACAACCUUUACCUUACUUUUGCUGGACCCUGGGCGGAUACGCCCUGCAGGCCACAAGACAUGGACUAUCAUGUUCCACCCGAAUAUCUAAUUAACGGAGCUAUUAGAGAAAAAUUAGCGCCCCUACGACUAAGUCGAUAUAAAGAAGACCUCUUGUUCUAUUUGUUUUACUGUUUCGUUGGCGACGUGCUACAAAUAGCAGCGGCGGCCGAAUUAUACAACCGCGAAUGGCGGUAUCACAUGGAGGAGAAGGUGUGGAUCUCUCAGGCGCCCGGCAUGCCGAUGGUGGAGAAAACGUCCACGUACGAGCGCGGCACCUACUACUUCUUUGACGCGCACAAUUGGCGCAAGGUGGCGAAAGAGUUCCACCUGGACUACAGCAAGCUGGAGGGGCGACCGCAACUGCCGCCGCACGUGCUCACG